UUGAGUUUAAGAAGUUGCGAUAUUUAUAUAUUUUUAGUAAUGGCCCUGUACACGAAAGCCGCUGAGAUUCUUGAGAAAGUAGAGCGUAAAGAAGGAGCGGUCAAGACUUUGGUGUAUGAAAGUAAAUUUCAGAAUAUCAAGCAGCUUUAUGCCCUGGUAUGUGAGACUCAGAAGUAUUCCUCCGUACUUCAAGAUAUCAUAAUCUCUACCAAGCUGCUUAAGGAGACGAAGCUCAAAAUGAAUUUGGCCAAGGUUCUCCUGUACGACUUUCUGAUUGGCCAGGGGCUGAAGUGUGGUGGCAGUUGGAAGGCUGUGAUGAUGAAGCACCGCUCCCGGCUGCAGGCGGCACUCGCCCGCAUGAAGGUCAAGAAGAAAGUCAGCCGCAACCAGGACCUGCUUCCCCCAGGCAUCCGCAAGGCAUCCGAAGAUCAACUUCCACGCUAUGUGCGUGUGAAUACGUUGAAGACCACCAUGGAAGACGUCAUCGAUUACUUUAAAAGGGAGGGUUUCUCUUACCAAGGCCAAGCUGCUAGGUUGGAUGAUCUGCGCAGUCUGUCAGGGAAAACAUUCCUCUGCGACCAGCACCUCCCAGAACUGCUCGUCUUCCCUCCAAAAAUGGACUUUCAUGCGCACUUUCUGUACCAAGCUGGACACAUCGUUCUGCAGGAUAAGGCCAGCUGUUUACCUGCGUACCUCCUGAACCCCCCUCCUGGGGCUCAUGUGCUUGAUGCCUGUGCUGCUCCUGGGAAUAAAACAAGCCAGCUUGCUGCCAUCAUGGGCAAUAAGGGCAAGCUGGUCGCGUUUGACCUCGACGCAAAGCGACUGUCCACCAUGAGCACGCUGUUGCUCCGGGCCGGUGUCACAUGUCAGCAGCUGGCCAAUCAGGAUUUCCUGAAAGUCGACCCCGAGAGCCCCGAGUACCGCGGAGUGGAGUACAUAUUGCUGGACCCCUCCUGCAGUGGAUCAGGGAUGGUCUGUCUGCGGGACAGCUCUCCGGCGCCCCCACAGGAGGAGGAGGCGCGUCUGCAGGCUCUGGCUGCAUUCCAGCUGCGCUGCCUUAACCACGCCCUGCGCUUCCCUCGACUGCAGCGCCUGGUCUACUCCACCUGCUCAGUCCACAAACAGGAAAAUGAGGAGGUGGUAUCGGCUGGCCUGCAGCAGAACGAGGGUUACAGGCUGAUCCCGGUUCUACCCAGCUGGCCUGAACGAGGCCUGGAGCCCCUGACCCAGUGUCUGCGCGCCAGCACCACCCACACCCUCACCCACGGUUUUUUCGUGGCCUUACUGGAGCGACGACCCCCCAGCAGUGAGGACGCCGCACCGAUGCAACUCUCCACCACUGCGUCAUCACCAGAGAUUUCGGUCAGCAACGAGAACUGGGAGGCAGGAACGGUGUCACUGGAUCAGGAUGCCGCUGAGGGCAAUAAGGGCAAAAAGAAGAAGAAGAAGAGGAAGGGCAAUACAAAGAGCCAGUGCUGAAUGGCGGAUGGAGGCGGGGCUUCAGGCACAUGUCGGAUACCGUACGUGCGUCAGCGAACUGCCUUUAGAGUGGGCUGACCCAUAACGGGGGGGUGACCGAGAAUCUGUCAGUAUGUCUUCAUUCAAAGUCAUUUCCAUUAUGUCAGCUGGAACAGAAGAACACAACGCCCUCCCGCAGCUCAAAUCUGUUCAGUCGUUCAUUUUUAUCCCAGUCCAGCAAAAAAUGUUUACCACACAGAAGUCAGACACUUGGCCUGCCCCACAGGCAGGGUUAGGGACAGACUUCUGGCCCAUGUUUCAGGAAUUGCCAAUCCCACCUAGGCUUAUAGCAGUUUUGCAUGCGUUAAUCUGGCAAGGUAACGGAAUUUUUUGCUGUUGAAUGUAUUUGCCAUAAUAAUCUGGCUCACUUUGUCAGUACAACAAUCAGUGCCAUAGCUGAAUAAAAGUUUUUGAUAAAA